GCUUUUGUGUUAACAAGUAGUGUUGCAAAGCCUGCAGCUAGAGAGUUGUCUGAAGAAGAAGAUUUCGAAUUGGAGAGACAGCUUAAGCUUAUGAAUAAACCGUCUGUUAAGACAAUCAAGACUGAAUAUGGUGAGAUCUAUGAUUGUGUAGAUUUUUACAAACAACCUGCGUUUGAUCAUGCUCGCUUGAAAAACCAUGCUUUUCAUCCUGAGAUGAAACCAAGCAACAUCAUGUAUAUACCAGAGAAAGUUAAAAAUGAAGAAAACGGACGUUAUGACAAUAAAACGAACUUCGAAUCCGUUACCUUAAUUGGAAUUGGAUGUCCACGUGGCACAGUCCCAAUUAGAAGAACUACCAAAGACGACCUAAUAAGACAAAAAAGAUUCAACCAAGUGUUUGACUCAAAUAUUCACCCUCAGACCAAAUCCGAACCGGGUUUGCACUAUGCAGGAGGUAGAGUCAGAUGGAAGUGGAAUACAAGGAAUUUAGCAGGAGGAGUUGCUCGUUUCAGUUUAUACCAAACUCCAUUUGUUAACCAACUUCAAUUCUCUUCUGGUUUAAUAAAAGUUUCCAACGGUACAGAUUUCAUCAAGGCUGGUUGGACGGUGAAUCCGACGCUAUAUGGAGAUGACCAUUGCCGUUUUUUCUCAUAUUUGCAUACGCGUGACGACCAUUGUUUCAACACGAACUGUCCCGGGUUUGUGAUAACGAAUCCCGAUUUUCCUCUUGAUUAUGGAUUUCUCAAAGUUUCAAAGACUUAUGUGGACAUAGUCGAAGCUAGAAUCCUCAUUUUCCGAGAUCCAUCUGAUGGAAGCUGGUGGUUAUGCAUAGGAGAUAAGCCAAUAACUAUUGGUUUUUGGCCGUCUGACAUCUUCACCGAUCUAGCAUACAAUGCAGACGAUGUUUUUUGGGGCGGCGAAAUUUUCACUCUCCCAUACACGAAGAGUAGUCCAAUGGGCAAUGGAAUAAGUGCUCACUACGAUGAUCCGAAACUUUACGCAUACGCUCGUAGUUGCUCAGUAGUAGAUGCUGAUAAAGAGAUAAUCGUUCCUGUGGUAGGAGGUGUUCAUGAGGUUGUAAGCGAUAUUGGUUGGGAUUAUGUGAGACACAACUAUCUUAGAUUUAAAGAUUGGGGGCUGAUUAUAAUGUUUGGUGGCCCUUCAAAGAUUUUUGGAAAAUAA